CUUCGUAACAGCGCGUGCACGCGAACUGCACGGCUUUUUUUAUUUCGAUAGUUUAGUACCCAGAAAUCCCCCCGAGAAUAAGUCCGUGUUAUUGCACACUUAUGGACGACGGAGAGUGAAGCACUUACAGAACAUGGACGCGGCCGUGGAGUGAAGUUUUCACGACUAGUUUGAAGCCUAAAAAGCGGGUUCCGGUGGCGAUAUUUUCUCUGUCAGGAAGUUUGACGCACUCGGCUGAAGAUUAGGAGUAUUUUCUUACUUUGUUUUGGUUUUGGGGGGGGGGACAAGUUGUGGACUGCCUUUGGCUAAAGAAACCGCACAACUACUCGGUGACUGAGGAGAGACAGCGUUUCUUUCGCAUCACAGUCAGUGUGGAUCUAACAUGAAUGCUGGGGAACUGUAGUUUGAGAAGUUUGUAAAAAGUUUAUCCAGCUUGGCCUCGCUUGACAUGCAUCGAGGUUAAGUGUAUAAUAAGAGUAACGUUAUACAUAUAGUGUUUCUUUCUGCUAGUGUCAUUUUUUUAAAUAAAGUUUUAAGUUAAAACUCCAACAUGUCGCGCGCUUAAUCAAAAUGCAUUUUUAUUCAUAGGCCUUUAUUCUAAUGUUAAUUACCACAUUCAAGUUAUAUUGCGACGUUGUUGUAUUCAAACAUAAAGAUAUCUGCAGCCUAGACUAUUCUGGACUCCAACCUGGCAACCCAGAGAAGGAAAAUCCGCAAACUUAGCAGGAAGAGAGGCUCUCAAAACCACGGAAACCGUCCGGUCUUUUCCUCAUAAAUGGAUUUCAUUCGGGCCACACGGUUGUUGUUGCACCUUGUUUGGUAGAAGAAUGUGAAAAUGUUUUGGAAAUUUAAGUUUUCCAAAGACCCGAGGCUGGAGCGGAGCAGAGGUUUGUCUGUGGGCCACAGCUGGAGCAGCAGCCUCAUGUAGGCUUGUUGUUGUUUUUUUCCCCCCAUCGGAAUAUUUUCUCUGUAAACUGUUUUACAGUUUUACUUUUUUGUUGUUGUUUUGUUUUUUACUACCUGGAAAGUAUCCGUUUUGUGCGCGUGCUUUCCUUCCCCGUUGAAGAGGAUCAUCACCUGGGGGGGUAAGCCCCGCCAUGGCGACCCCACUCACGCGCUCCCCGGUGUGUCGGUUGGACUGAGGGCUCCGAUGGACGUGACCUACUGCGUCAUCCCCGCCGCGAGACACCGGUGACCACAGUGGGUUGCUCGCGGGAAAAGUCAAGGCGACAGGCUGUGUGUGUGUGUGGGGGGGGGGUUCGGCACAACACAGACAAGUUUUCUGAAGACUGGUUUGUAGACCGCGUACGCAGACAUCGCCACAAUGAAUGAGAGGCAGGCUCUCCACUCUAUAAUGAAGGACCUGGUUGCCCUCCAGAUGACUCGCCGCCAGCCUGUGUUGUCGUACGACAGCAGCAAACCCAAGACGCCGGCCCAGGCCAACAGACAGGACGAUGUCAGGAUAAAGUUUGAAUUCUCAGGAGAGCGGAGGAUCCUGGUGUUUGGUCGACCUGUGCAGUUCGAGGAAAUCCAGCAGAAAGUCACGACUGUCUUUGGCCAGCAGCUAGACCUGCAUUAUAUGAACAAUGAGUUGUCCAUCCCUCUGCGAGAUCAGGACGACCUUGACAAGGCGAUCGACCUGCUGGACCGAAGCUCCAACAUGAAGAGCAUCCGGAUCCUGCUGCUCAAUCAGGAGCACAGCAAUGCCUCCUCCCCCUCCCACCACGUUCCGUGUAAGCAGGUGAGGAUCAAGUCCUCCCAGUCCACCGGAGACGUUAGCACAGUGUACCAAUCCUCUGAGCCCAGGGGGCGCCACCUAUCUACUGGUUCUCAGAACACGGGGCGUAGCUCGCCGCCUCCUGGUUACGUGCCUGAACGCCAGCAGAGGAUCGCACGCCAAGGUUCAUACACCAGCAUAAACAGUGAGGGGGAGUUCAUCCCUGAGACCAGCGAUCAGUGUGUGCUGGAUCCCUGGAGCAGUGCAGAGAACUCAGUCUCUGGAAGCUGUCAGUCUCUGGACAGCAACUCAGACAGCCCUUCACUGAGGAAGUCCCGCAUGCACAGAGCCAAGAGUUACCCUGAUAAUCGUCUGGAGUGCUCAGACAGGGAAAAUCAUGUGUAUGACAGGGUGGCAGGGAAAGGAGGCACCUAUCCUCGGAGGUACCAUGUCUCCCUGCAUCAUAAGGACCACAGUGAAGGCCGUCGGACGUUUCCGCGGAUCCGUCGCCCCCAGGGGAACCUGUUCACUCUGGUGCCCUCACGCCGGUCGCUCAAUGGCAGCGAGGAGAGUGUGGGCAGCUGGCAGCUGGUCGACGCUCAGGGCCGGCUCCGUCCCCAAGAUCGUUCUGUCGCCCAUAAGUCCCCCAGUGCUCCGAAGACGUGGCGGCGGGGGAAGCUUCUGGGCCAGGGAGCGUUUGGUCGGGUCUACCUGUGUUAUGAUGUGGAUACUGGGAGGGAGCUGGCUGCCAAGCAGGUCCAGUUUGAUCCUGAGAGUCCUGAGACCAGCAAGGAGGUCAGUGCUCUGGAGUGUGAAAUCCAGCUGCUGAAAAAUCUGCAUCACGAGCGUAUUGUUCAGUAUUACGGCUGUCUGAGGGACCACAAUGAGAAGACUCUCACCAUUUUCAUGGAGUUCAUGCCGGGGGGUUCAGUUAAAGACCAGCUGAAGGCCUAUGGGGCGCUGACAGAAAACGUGACCAGGAAGUACACAAGACAGAUCCUGGAGGGCAUGUCCUAUCUGCACAGCAACAUGAUCGUACACAGGGACAUCAAAGGUGCCAACAUUCUGCGGGAUUCAGCGGGCAACGUGAAGCUCGGAGAUUUCGGAGCCAGCAAGAGGCUGCAGACCAUCUGCAUGUCUGGCACCGGCAUCCGCACUGUGACUGGCACCCCCUACUGGAUGAGCCCGGAGGUGAUCAGUGGAGAGGGCUACGGCAGGAAGGCUGAUGUCUGGAGCCUUGGUUGUACGGUGGUAGAGAUGCUGACAGAAAAGCCUCCGUGGGCUGAAUACGAGGCCAUGGCGGCCAUUUUCAAGAUCGCCACCCAGCCCACCAACCCACUGCUGCCCUCGCACACCUCCGACCAGGCACGGGACUUCAUAAGCUGCAUUUUUGUGGAGGCCAAACACAGGCCCAGUGCUGAGGAGCUGUUCAGACAUCCCUUCUCCCAGAUUCUGUGCUGAAACCUGCCUGGUUUCUGAACUUCAACCACAGAGUAGCCUCAGCAUUAUCUGUAGCUUCCUUGACACCCAUCUAUGGCAGAAAAUCUGGAUGUGGAACUGAACUAGAAGUCAGUAUUGAACCCAGAGCUCAGAUGCUCCUCCACAUAAAUCCAAAUAACAAGACAGUUAGUAAACAGCAGUCAUCGGUGCCUUGAAUACUGUGCACUUACAAGAGUGACCACCAGGGGGAAACAAAACACAGAUUAAGUAUCUGGUUGGCUGCGGAUUCUUCUCAGAUGCAAACGCACGUAUGCUCGCACUUCAAAUGAUGCAGUCCGAAGGCAGCAUCCUUCAAGUCAGUCCUGUGUUUUCAGUCUCUUGUCAGGCAGUCAUGAGGAAUGUCAGGAAGCCACACAGUGUUUGAAACAUUCAGCUGAGCACCGUUUUUAAGCUAAAGCACAACACUGGUGCUCAACAGUGUUAAUCGGACAGCAUUGUUCUCUUUUUUUUUUAUCCACCUUGCCUCUGUCUUGAUUCAAACAAGGAAAACUCCACCUGUAAAGCUCUUUGUGAUGCACUUUGCAUGUCUGUGUAGAUUGGCUGAAACACAGAUGGAGCGAUGUGUGUAGAGUAGCUACACCGGUGUUUAGUAGAAGAAUAAUGUUCAGCUGCACCGAUAUUAAACAGACCGAGGCAUGUUUUGGUUUAAGCCCUUCAGAAUUAAGACAUUCUUCAAGUCUUUUAACCAUUAGUAUAAUUUUACAGGUAGAAAUGAAUAACAGGACCUAAUAAAUUUCUCCACUCACAGUACCCUCAAUCGACCACCACGGCAGCUAGCAGCCCCAGUUUGUGUCUCUUAUGUAUUGCUGUUAAGUUCAAGUCACAUCGGUUUCACUGAAAAAGAAUUACCUGGUGAUCAUUGAAAAACCCAGAGGGUUGUUUGACAACACUUACUGCUACUUAGAAGACUCUUCUAAUCAUCUGGAUGUAAAUACGUUAAGUCUGCUGCACACAAAAAAGUGUCAACUGUAGACAAACAUAACAGAUACAAUUCUUUGGGGUUUAUGUUGUAUAAAUUAUGCAAAGACCUUUAAUUUCCGGCUGCCAUCUGUGUUUUGAUUUGGAAACAGAGUUGCAACUUGGGUGACUGGUCAAAAAACAUGUUGACUAUUUUGAUACCUUUAUGCAAAAUAAAAUGGUUUUAUAUUUUUUUCUUUUGUUAUACAAAAAGAGGAAGGGUACAUGUCAUUUCAAAGUACUUAGAAAGAAAAUACAGUCACAACUCAUAUAAAUAAAUAUUUUUUAUUUUUUAUUUUAAUAGAGCAGCAAAAACAUUUUCUUUUCCAUCCAGAUAGUUAGAAGAGCUUUUGAGGACUUUUGUAAUUCCUUCAUAGCAGCAGUGAGUUAAUGUUAAAUGAUCUUUGGGGUUUUAAAAGGAUUGCUGGUUGAUUCUUUUUCAAAGAAAACAAAAGCUUAGCUCUGUCAGAUGAAUGUGAUUGUAAUACAUGAGAGGAACAAACCAAACUGGCAGCUACGCAGCUAGAAUACCAUAUUUUAAGAUAUGACGAUUCAUUUUUCUUCACAGAGAAAAACACUCCCUCCCCUAUCACUAUUGUUUUCCUUCUACCCGUUAAACAAAUUCAUGCAUGUGAAGGAAUCAAGUUAAUUAGUUCAUUUCUGUACAAUCUAGGAAUUUAAUUUGAAUAACAUACUUAUAUGGAGAGGAACAGAGUGUGGAUUUUUUCAUUUUAAUUGACUCUUCCAAGUCUUGUUCUACCUUCUGCCAUAGUGUGACUUAUCCUUCUACGUGCCAUCCUCUUUUUAUAGCUCUUCAUUAUCACAGAUGCUCUCAGCCAACAAAGUGGCAGAAAAGGGGCAGAUAAAAUAUUAUGCUAUCAGUUAUAUGUGAAAGUCAAGCAGGUGAUGCUUUUUAUGGUUUGAAAAUACAAACUUAGGGCCUUAAUUUGGAAGUGGUUUCCAUUGCCUUUGCCUAAGAUCUUACUUUUGAUUUCUUGUCUAGACCAAACAUCCCUGAUUGAGAAGCCUUGGCUCUAAAUCAGAUGCACUUUUGAUGUAAAAUGAAUGUUGAGGAGUUUUUGUUCUUGUUACCAAAUUUGAUUUCUUUUUUUUUUUUUCUUUUUUUACUUCAAAUGUGAAAAUUGUUUCAUUUUAUUUAUAUUCCCAUGUCCAUCCCAAUUAGAUUUUUAUAAGCAAAAAUAUAUAUAUUUGUAUUUAGACUGUGUCAAAUCUAAUGAUACUUUCACGACUUUGUGUCUUUAAAAGUAAAUCAUUGAAAGCAGCUGGUUUUGCAGACAUUACAGAAUUGAGGUUUAUAAAUGAAAAAAUUGGGUGGAGAACGAACUCUGGCCGCCUGGUUCUUGUUCCAGCUCCCAAAUAAAAACCUUUCCACACAUGCUUAGCUUUAGAUUUAGACGACAGUGUUAC